CCCCAUGGUGCACCGGGGCUCAAAGGAGCUGGGCUGUGAUUGGGCCCCCCUCCCUCCCUUGCAGGCUGGCUGGAGAAUGAAUAAAAUUGUACAGUAUAUUCUGAUGUGAGAGGUAUUAAAAAAAAAAAACGGGGGAAAGAAAGAAAAGAAAAGAAAGGGGGGGAAUUUCUCUCUCUCUCUUUCUCUCUCUCUCUCUGCCUGCUUCUCCAAGCAUCCAGGCAGAGGGAUUUCUUUUGCAUCCCGUGUCAAAAUGGCUACAGCUGUGCACAAGCCUAUCAAAUGCCUGGGCGAGGACUUCUACCGGGAAGCCAUUGAGCACUGCCGCAGCUACAAUGCCCGGCUGUGCGCCGAACGCAGCAUGCGCCUGCCCUUCCUGGACUCGCAAACGGGGGUCGCCCAGAACAAUUGCUACAUCUGGAUGGAGAAGACCCACCGGGGCCCAGGGCUGGCGCCGGGUCAGAUCUACACCUAUCCGGCUCGUUGUUGGCGCAAGAAGCGGCGGCUGAACAUCCUGGAGGAUCCAAGACUCCGGCCUUGCGAAUUCAAGAUUGAUUGCGAACCCCCUCUGAAGAAAGAAGGAGGUCUCCCUGAAGGUCCAGUGUUAGAAGCCUUGCUGUGUGCCGAAACAGGGGACAAGAAGCCGGAGCUGAAGGAGGAGGACUUGAGCUUGGACUGUCAGAAGGCACCUAUCGGUGAGUUCCUGCAUGACUUGGACGGGGACGACUUGGAAGACGACGUCCCCCGCCGUAAGAACAAAGCCAAAAGCAAGGCGUAUGGGAUCGGAGGGCUGCGGAAGAGGCAGGAUGCUGCAAUGCUGGAGGACCGAGACAAACCCUAUGUUUGUGACAUCUGCGGGAAGCGCUACAAGAACCGCCCGGGACUGAGCUACCACUACACGCACACACACCUGGCUGAGGAGGAGGGCGAGGAGGGCCCCGAGCGCCACACCUUGCCCUUCCAUCGUAAGAACAACCACAAACAGUUUUACAAAGCGCUGAACUGGGUCCCUGAGAACCAGCGCAGGCACACAGCUAAGAAAGCUCCGGACGGCACAGUCAUACCAAACGGUUAUUGUGAUUUCUGUCUAGGCGGCUCCAAGAAGACCGGCUGCCCCGAAGAUCUCAUUUCCUGCGCAGACUGCGGCCGUUCAGGCCAUCCGUCCUGCCUGCAGUUCACCGUGAACAUGACAGCAGCCGUCCGGACUUACCGGUGGCAAUGCAUCGAGUGCAAGAGCUGCAGCCUUUGUGGCACCUCAGAGAACGAUGACCAGCUACUGUUCUGUGAUGACUGCGACCGGGGCUACCACAUGUACUGCCUGAGUCCCCCGAUGGCCGAACCCCCGGAAGGAAGCUGGAGCUGCCACUUGUGCCUACGGCAGCUGAAGGAGAAGGCUUCUGCCUACAUCACUUUGACCUAGGCUGGUGCCCGCUGCCCCCCACCUUCCUCUGGAUCCUGCUCAGACGGCUGCAAGAUCUUAGCCAUGGUGGGACGGGGCUGUCGGAUGUGUGUUUGUUUGAGCUCUAGCCUUGGAACAGUGAUAUUUUGACCUGCCACUUCAGGUUGGCUGGAAUCCCCGUUUUCCCCUACUCUUAAGAGGGCAAAGGAAGGGGCCAGAUCCUGGUCUUUUGGUGGGACAUCCCUCUUUCUUUCCUUCCCUUCGACCCAACUAUAACGGUGGAGCCUUCCUGCCUUUGCCCACCACUGCCUGCCUGGCUCCUACCCACCCGGUCAACCCCAAGGAGCCAAAUACUCAACUCAAAAGCCAUAAAAGCCAGAGAGGGAAGCAAGCGCCGAGCUCUCUCUCUUGCUUCCUUGCCUCUUCCCUCCAUCUGGUUGGGAAGGGACGGGUUUUUCUCUCUCCUUCGACCAUACCAGAAUGAUGUUGCAUGCAAGACUAUUAUUUUUUUCUUCCUGGCUUUUUUGGGGGAGACGGGGUCCGGCUGGGAGUCUGGCACCCCACACGCAACCUUGUCUCUCAUGGGUUUUUAGAAAUAUUUUUGGUUGUUUUUGCUCUACAAUGCGAUGCGCGGGGCUUCCCGCCCGCUUCUAUAUCUUUCCUUUUAGGUUCCUCUCCGUCAAAUGGAGAGACUUUGGGUGUGGAGCUCCAACGUCCACCUUAAUCGAGUCCAGGACGGGAGUGCUAGGUGAUGGGUUUGGGGAUGUGACAAUGGCCGCUUGAGAGACGACGACGGAGGCCAGAAUUGGGGUCCUCUCAGCUAUUAGACAAGGCAGGAGCUUUUUCUUUCUAAAUGUUGCUGGUUUUUAAAAAAAAUGUAAAAGGGGGGAAAGGAAAACAUGGGAAAAAAAACAAGAAAAGGUGGUCAACGGUAGAAAGCGACCUCCCCACCCCAGAGGGAGAGUGUGUUGGGUUUUGGGGCCAAGGGGAGAAAUGCUACCGAAGGCUAGCUGGAAAGCACUCCCGCCAAGCCCUUACCUUGUGUACAUGGUGUUGUUUUGUUGCCUGCAUCUUUUAAUGUGCUUGGAUUGUUCUGUGCAUUAAAUGUGGUCUGAAUUACA